CCUGUUGUUGUGAGGCGGGCUGUGUUCCCGGAAGCGGGUCGGUGGAGCUUGGAUGUCCUGAGGGUGUUUAGCCUUUCGAGGGGGGGCACAUACUUAUACACAUGAUGAUGAUGAACUGCCUUGAAGUCGAUCCCGACUUAUGGCGACCCUAUGAAUAGGGUUUUCACGGCUGCCGCAGUAUGACCUUUCACUGACCUUCUCCGGAAGAAGCACAACUUCCCCUAUCAGUUUACCCAUGUGCAUUCUGUUCUUUAAGUUUGACCCGCGACCUGUUUCCAAAAAUGCAUACAGGCUUAUCCUGGCAGCCAAUAGAGAUGAAUUUUACCACAGACCAUCAAAAUCAGCUGACUUCUGGGACAGCAGCAAUGAGAUCCUCAGUGGUUUGGAUAUGGAGGAAGGAAAGGAAGGUGGGACCUGGCUUGGAAUCAGCAAGAAAGGUAAACUGGCGGCUCUGACAAACUAUAUGCAGCCAAAGAUAGACAAGAAUGCAAAAGGAAGAGGUGCCCUCGUCACGAAUUUUUUGAUGGCGGAUCUGGACAGUUACUCUUACUUGAAGAAAGUUGCCUCAGAAGGACACCUUUACAAUGGAUUUAAUUUAAUAGCAGCAGACUUGAACACCACCAAGGGCGAUGUAAUUUGCUAUUACGGAAACAAAGGCGGCCCAGAACCUGUCUUCUUAAAUCCCGGGGUAUACGGCUUGAGCAAUUCUUUGCUGGAUACCCCAUGGAAGAAGCUUCAGUAUGGGAAGCAGCUCUUCACAGAUGUCAUCAAACGCAGCCAGGACCUUGUGAAGGAAGACCUGGUGCAAGAACUCAUUAAAGUGAUGAAUAACCAGGACCCUCAGCUGCCCGAUCCCGCAAUUGAGGAUCAAGGAAAGGACUACAUCCUCCCCAUUUUGAACAAGUAUGCAGCUGUGUGUGUUCGUUGUCCAGAUUACGGAACCAGGACAAAUACAGUUAUUCUCAUUGAUGCAGAGGGACAUGUCACUUUCACCGAGCGCACCAUGCUGAACGCGGAUGUCAACCAAUGGAAAACCAGCAGCUACCAGUUCAAGCUGCAGAUUUAACAGCUUUCCAUUUGAUUGGGUCACAAGGCAAGAGAAGAAGGGGCAGGUGGGGAAAGGACACUCUAUUGAACUGUUGAAACACUCGCUCAUGUUGUGUAGCACGCCCUAGCAACCACCAAAACCCUUUUUUUUUUUUUUGCCCAAAAUCCAAAACAGGAAAAUUUGAACAGAAAAGCCCGACUCUGUUUAAGGAGCAAAUUCACAUUUUGCACAAUGGGUGUGUUUGACUUUGGAAAGGGAUGCUGUUAGGUAACAGCACAUUACUUGGCACAAAUAUUUAACUUGCAAAUAACGGGGGGGAUAUGUAUUGUGGAUAAUCAUGUGCAGCAUUUUCUGUUUGCUUGGUCAAAAGCGGGGAGGGGGAACAGAGUUGGAAAAAUAAAUUGCAAAUCUGUAGUGUGGGUUUUUUUAAAGGCACAAUUCGAUAUCCGUGAUGCUCUGCUAGUUUCAAUCCACUGGCAUCGGUUGUUUCUGGAGAGCUCCCGCUCGUGCAGAACUCGGUUUCCACAGAGCUCCAUGUGAGCAGGAGCUCCCCGCUUGCUCGCUCUGUGCGUUGGACAUGCAGAGGUGUACUUAACACUGAAGUGAAUGGGCUAGUCUCUGCUCACAUGGAGGUCUUAAUAUGUGUUGGCACCCUAAAAAGAAAGUUAGUGCUGACAGCAUCUUGUAUUAGCUAGCCUUGCCUCAGACCGCUAAAGGUCUUGAGCAAAUAAUCAAUACACUUAACUCUCUUUUGUCAAACACUUCUAAAUUAAGGAUUUCUUUAAAAACCAAACUUUGCUCCUUUUGCUUUUUAAGGCAGAUUUUUUUUAAAAAAAAAGAGUUGGGGGUUUGGAGCCCCCUUUCUCAUCUAAAGUGAAUGCAUUCUUUUGCAGCUUAUGAUGUGUGAAUAUAUGUACAUUUCGCUGUGGCAAUAUGUGUGAUUAUAGGCAAAAUGGCAACUGUUCUCCAAAUGUUAUGCUCUCCAGGAGAACAAUGUUAAAACGGAUUUUGCUUUUUAAACUGCAACCCUAAGCACACACCUCCUGAUUGAACUCAGGAUUACAUUGUUCUCUUUGUUUAACAAGUGUGUAUUCCCACCCCACCCCCGUUUUUAAGAUCCUGGAGUCUGUGAAGACAAUUGUGUUACGCAGCAAUAUUGCAGUUUUAAGUUGGAAUAUAGUGGUUGCUGGAUACCCCAUGGAAGAAGCUCCCUUAUAGCUGUGGAGAGCUUCAUAUAAUUUCUUAAAUCGGGGAUAGGGAGCCUAUGGCCCUCCAGAUGUUGCUGGAUAGCAACUCCCAUCAUCCCUGACCAUUGGCCAGGAUGGCUGGGUCGAUGAGAGCUGGAGUCCGACAAUAUCUGGAGGGCCGCAGCCGCCUCUCCCUGAAAUGCUUGGUUGCUUUUCAGUUAGGCAGCACCUGGAGUUUGAAGAACUCACUUCAGUCUAGAAAUCUUAAGGCUGGGGUUAGCUUUGCCCCUGCAGUUCUCAAUACACGAAGCAGUACAUUUAACGAUGGAUUGCCAGGGCUUUCUUCCUCCUUUGUCUUGUACAAUAUAUUAUUUCAAAGUUAGUAUCUGACAAGUUGCAUACGUGAUUGCAGUUUUAGCCUUUCUUGCACUCCUGCAGACUUCGCCCAUUGCAUAGCCUCUGUAUGUUCAGGGCAUUGAUAGCCACUUUAGGUGUGAGGCUUCUCAUUGCGUAGCCCAGGUGUGGGGAACCUUUGGCCCUCCAGACGUUACUGAACUACAGCUCCCAUCAUCCCUGGCUAGUUGGGGCUGAUGAGAAUUGUAGUUCGACAAAAUCUGGAGGGCCAAAUGUUCCCCAUACCUGGCAUAUAUUGUGUUGGCAAACAUGUGGUUAGGAUUGUGGUGACAGGAUGGCAAAACUCUAUUCCAAGAGUGGGACUGAAGCAGUUAUAGGAACACAGGAAUCUGCCUUAUACCAAGUCAGAACAAUGGCCCAUCUAGCUCAGUACAGUUGCUUUCAGUUUAUUUAUUUUUUAAAUGCAGUCAAGGAUCUCCAGCAUAACAUGCAGCUUGGCCCUAAUGUUAGGCAGUUCUGGAUUAGAGAAACAAACUUGCAAGACUAAAGGCUGCAAGCCCAUAGAUGACUACUCAGAAGUAAGCUCCAUUGGGUUCACUAGGACUUACUCCCAGGUAAGCGUGUAAUGGACUGCAGGCUAAGUGGAUUGCAAUAUGGGCUUGCACAGGGGUAGGAAUCUAUGAAGCUGCCUUCUACUGAGAGAGACCAUUGGUCCAUCUAGCUCAGUGUUGUCUACACUGACUGGCAGCAGCUCUUCAGGGUUUCAGACUGGGGACAUUUCUAGUCUGACCUGGAGAUGCUGGGAAUUGAACCUGGGACCUUCUGCAUGGAAAGCGGAUGCAUUAAGCCCCAUGGCUCUAUGAACUGUGGCUCAUAGAUCUGCUAAACCUGUGUGUUAUGUGCCUUCAAGUCGAUUAUGACUUAUGGCGACCCUAGGAAUCAGCGACCUCCAAUAGCAUCUGUUAUAAACCACCCUGUUCAGAUCUUCUAAGUUCAGGUCUGUGGCUUCCUUUAUGGAAUUGGUCCAUCUCUUGUUUGGCCUUCCUCUUUUUCUACUCCCGUCUGUUUUUCCCAGCAUUAUCAUCUUUUCUCGCGAAUCCUGUCUUCUCAUUAUGUGUCCAAAGUAUGAUAGCCUCAGUUUCAUUUUAGCUUCUAGUGGUCUGGGUUACACUGCCCUCCUUUGUGGUAUUUGUACAUAGCAGAACAAGGUAAAAACCUAACUAAAAACUAACUAAACUAACUAAAAACUAACUAACUAAAACUAGACCCUCAAGACAGCCACCCUGAAAUAUCUUGAUAUGUAGGAAGGUGUGUGUGUGUGGGUACGCAUGCGCGCUGUGUAUCCCUUGCUAUGUUCAGUUGAACAUUCAGGGGGUGUCUGCAGCUGGACCACACUCUGUAGCAGACUCAGAAACAUGCUCCCUAGACAGAGUUCAGAUGUGUAAUCAUGAAUGCAGUGUGUGUUUUCCAUAUGAUGGAACCUCUCUUUGUGAUGGAUUUUUUUAGGGAGUAAGUAUUAACUCUAUCCAGGUUAAUUCUUGCAUCUGUUACAUGUGAUUUGGAUUAUAUGGCUGCUCCACCUUCAGGAUGCAUUCACAAGAUGGAGGGUGGGUUGGAAACAACUGGCUUUUGCAGGCAUUACCUGUACCAAAAUAAACAAUUCCACACUUCCCAAGUGACGACAUACCCAUUUUUCCCUACAGGGAGAUAAUUUCAUACUACCGCUGUUCUUUUUAUAAAAAAAAACACCACCACUAUGUAUGAUGUAUAUGUGAUCUUCCUGAAUGUCCCUUAAACUUUUUAACCCAGUCUGCAUCUGAUGUUGCAUGGAAAGUGGUGGCACAGUCGGCCCUCAUUACUGUGGUGACAUUUCCAGUUUAGUGCGUCCAUAUUUUGUCACGCUUCAAAAUCUUACCCUGUGUGUUGGCAGAACUUGAAGCUUCUGACUUUUUUAUUUUAAGCAUCAAUAGGAGGCCUACUGGUAUGCACAAUCCUGAUGAGGAAGGUGUGCAUUGCUAAAAAUAUGCUGUAUUUUUAAACUAGGAAUGGAGCCAUGAGCGAGGUCCAGGUGAAAGGAUGAAGGCCCAUCAAAGGACCACACCAAUAGAGCCAAGGAAAGUCUAAAACAUUUGGGGCUUUUUAGUUUGCGGGGGGGAGGAGAGAGACUGCCAGAGCAAUCCAAACUAUAGGAAGCCGGCGUAGUGAUUAGAGUGUUGGCCUAUGACCUGGGAGACCAGGGUUCGAAUCACCACACAGCCAUGAAGCUCACUGGGUGACCUUGGGCCAGUCGCUGCCUCUCAGCCUCAGAGGGAGGCAAUGGUAAACCACCUCUGAAUACCGCUUACCAUGAAAGCUCUAUUCAUAGGGUUGCCGUAAGUCAGGAUCGACUUGAAGGCAGUCCAUUUCCAUUUUUUCAAAUUAUGACAAUGUAACUUACUCCUGAUGCAAACUCUGUUCAGCGGAUGGGUUACUAUUGGCUGAACUAGCCAGAGCCUGGAAAAGGGAAAACAAGCCUUUAAAAUGAAGUUUGACUUGCACCACCCUUUUUGCCAGCGUUAACUUCUGCUCGGCUGCCAGGUCACGUGACUGAGUGGAACAGAAUUUGAAAGAAGGGUGAGUCUCCCCCUCCCUGCCUUGCCCCAUUUUCAGGACUUGUGCUAAACUGGCUGAGCUGGGAUGGAGGACUUACGCCAGCGUAUCUCUGGCCACUGGAGGCUGGUCCAUUUGGGCAAAUGGGGCCCUGCCCCACCAACCUCAGCCAGCUCCCGCUUGCCUUCUUACUUAACAAGUCCAGAGGGUGGCAUUGGUUGCCAGAUUCCUCCUCUUCCCCAGUCUCAGUAUUGUCCUUGUAGAAUGCAGCAAGGAGGAGGAAGAUGGGGGCAAAACUAGAAUUAGCUGGCUCUGCCCGUCAUUGACUCUGGUUUCACCUACUCUUUGGGCUUCCUACUUUUCUCCCUACCAGUCCCAAUGGGCACCAGCCACCACUGUCUCUGGCUUGGCCAGGAUGAGGCACUUCAGCUGGAGAUCCGCCUAUUCCAAACUCUGCUCAUUCCAACGGAUAUUGGGUUUGGAUUGCUCCCUAAUGUGGGGAAUGUGAUGAAGGUUCAUAAAAGUAUGUAUGUUGUGCAGAGUGUGGAUAGGAUUCCCCCCUCCAAUAAUUCUAGGACUUAGGAUCAUCUAAUAAAGUGAGUGGGAAGCAGGAUAGACAAACGGAGUUACUUCUUCACACAGUGCGUCGUUAACACAUGGAAUUCUCCACCACACAAAUGUGGUGACAGCUGCUGGGUUUUGAUGGCUUUAAAGGGGGAUGAGACAAAUUCAGAGAAGGAGGAUAGGGCCCCUUAGCCAUGUGGGCCAAAAGACGUUCAGAGGUAAUGUGGUCGCCAAAUUACCAGUUCAGGGGAGAGCUAUUGCCUUUCUGCCAUGUUGUGGAUUUCCCAGAAGCUGCAGGACUUGGAGGUCAUGACAGGAUACUGGACUAAAUGGGUGGGGUUGCCCUCCAGAUGUUGUUGGACUACAGCUCUCAUCAUCCCUGACCAUUAGCCAUGCUUGCUGGGGCUGAUGGGAGUUGGAGCCCAGCAACACUUGGUGGGAGAGAAACACAGAUUUCCCCAUCUCUGAGAUUUGACCUUUGGCUGGAUCCAGGAGGGCUCGCAGGUCUUCUGUUACUUUGCCUAGAAGUCAUGACAAAGGCUAACUUAGCAUUUAAAUUUCCAGUUUAAUAGCCAUGAAAAUUGCUGAGAGUCUUGGCGAGCUAUGUAAUUAUUUUUCUGCCUGAUGUUUGUGAUUCCACAGAGUUCAGAUUGCAAUACGAUGAAAUGCAUUGUAUCUUUUCAAUAAAAAUCAAUAUGAAUAUUCAAUGCAAUGGAUGUGUCACCAUCCCAUCUAGAAUCACAAGGCCACAGACAUGCCAUGGACCACCUGGGUGAAGCUUGCAGACCACAGGUGGUCCAUAGACCACCGUUUGGGAACCCUGACAUAGUUAUUCACCUUAGUUUUCAGAUCCCUUACUAUCUUGAUCGCCCUCCUUUGGAUGUGCUGUCAUAUGUCAAUGCCCUUAAAAUGUGAUACCUAGACAAAGGACUCCAGAUGUGGUCUGACCAUUAUAAAUAUGGAGCGGGGGCUUCCUUGACAUGCAAGUUUUGGAUGUGCAAAGAGUUUUUAUGUGAGGGGCAAUUCAAACUUUGAAAACACCACCACUACCACUUGCAGCCUUAUAUGGUUCAAUCAGAACCUAUAUAUCAGGCCUAACGAGUGGAUAUAAGGUAGUGUGUGCUCAAUGCAAAUUUUAAUUCCUUUUGGUGCACUGAAAAUGCAAUUGAUAAAUGUGCAAGGCAAAACAAUUUGCAGGAAAAAAUAUUUUUUAUUUUUGUAACAUAUUUUAAAAAAAAUAGAGGCAGACGAAUGACAAAUCAUACUGCGGGUUGGUGUGGCUUUGAACAAUCUUGUUAAAACAAAAGCCAUAAAUCCUUGUGCGCUGAAGUGAAUUAGGUUGUUUGGUCCAUUGAAAUAGAAGGAUUUUUUGAAGUAUAUAUAUUUCCAUUUUUCUUUUAAAAAAUUGUUUUAUAUUUUGUCACUUAUACCUGUAUCUAAAUGCAGUCAAUAAACUUGUUUGACCAAUA